CAUGCAAUAGCAGCGCUUGCGUAAUAGCUUUGUUUAACAGAAUGUUAAUGAUUGCCUAAAUUUCACAUUUUUUUGAAGUAAUUUAAGAGUAAUUGCAAAUAACUGAACAGAGAAAAAUGGCAGAUCAACAACAGUUUUUCUUAAAAUGGAACGAUUUCCAAAGUAAUAUGGUAUCAUCUUUUCGACAUUUAAGGGACGAAAAAAGUUUCACAGAUGUUACAUUGGCGUGUGAGGGGCAGACGUGUAAAGCCCAUAAGAUGGUGUUAUCUGCAUGUAGCCCUUACUUUAAGAGUUUAUUAGAGGAAAAUCCUUCAAAGCAUCCCAUUAUAAUAUUAAAGGACGUAGCUUACAGUCAUUUGCAGGCAAUUUUAGAGUUUAUGUAUGCAGGUGAAGUGAAUGUUAGUCAAGAACAGUUACCAGCAUUUCUCAAAACAGCCGACAGAUUAAAAGUUAAAGGACUAGCUGAAGCACCACAAGCCAUCAAAAGAGAAUAAUUGAUAGAUAAUUAAUUUAUUUUUUAAAAGUACAGAUCCCACAUUUUGCCUUUUCCAUAAUUAUAUUUUAUUUUCAUUGUUUCUUUCAGGAGAAUUUUUCAUGUUUGUUUUUUAGAUUUUUAUUAUUAGUUUUUUCAUUCUAAAAGGAAAUUAUGGUGCAAUUUAUCUUGCAUUUAUAGGCUUAAAACAAGUAUAAGUGAGUGACAACGAAAAGUGUUCAUAUAUUUGGAUCUGUUUCUUUUUUCUUUUGUUUCUUUAAUUUCACUAUUCACAAUACAUUGCUGGUAUCUGCUUCUGUAUACUACAGUUACUGUUUAGAAAUACUUUACUGGUUACUCAAUUUUAUAAACACUUCUACUAUUACUGCUACUACUAAUAGUAACUGGAUAAUAGAUGACAAAAUAACAUUUAAUGGCUGUGACAAUGCAUUUUUUACAGGAAGGUUCCUUUUAACCAUUUAUUGUAUAGGGUGACUUUUACUAACUUUAGCUAAUGAAAUAUAUUGAGUAGAUCUCAUUAUUUGGGAUAAAAUUUAAGAUAAGAGUUGUGUAUUUUCUCAUAAAUACCGACCUAAAAAUUAACAGCAUAUCAACUUUAAAAGUGUUAUGUUUCCUGAUUAUUUGAAGAGCCCAGGGUUGAUUUAUGUUAUGAAAUCAUUUGAUUGAAUGAGAUUUAGCUCUAAAGAAAUUAAUAGGGUUUAAGAGACAAAAAUAAAUAAAACAAAUAAUCGUAGGUCUGAUACUCAAGGAAACAUUAGAUUUUAAAGUUGAUUUGUUGUCAAUUUAAUCAUAACUUUUGUCAAAAGCUUUCUUUUAAAUAGUGAAAUCUAAUCAAGAUAGUUCACUGUCUCAUGGUAGAAAAUUCACCCUAUAUACGAUUAACAGAAUCACAUUCAGCUUGUAAAUAGUGCAACAAAGUUUAAUUUACGCACCCAACAUAACAAUAGAUUUUGUUAACAUCACUUUUUAAAUAUAUUUUAUAGGUAUUUUAGGAAAGAGAAAAUUUUUAAAAAAUUCUUCAUUCAGUUCUUGUUAAAUACUCAAACUUGCGAGCCUUAAAGCAACGUCUAGAUAAUUGAUAUUUUACAAUUAAUGAAGAACCCAUGUAUUAAUUUUUUGUUUAACAUUUAAAAACUAUGCAUGCAUUACUAAAUAUAUCAUCAAAAUAUAUUUUUUAACUUGUAAAUAUUAUAUAGGUAUGUGAGACUUUUAAAAGGAACAGAACUGUUUUAGCUUAAUUUUUCAUAAUUGUGAAGCAGAUACCAGUAUAAAGUGUAAAAAAUUAAGUUUAUGACAUUUGUGUAAAAAGAGUCUUCUUUUAAUUCAAACUAUGUAAUAUUUUGGUUUGUAUGGAAUUGCAUGUCCUUGGAUAAUAUUCUUUCGUUACAUUUCAAUAGCAGUUGUUGAAUUGCAGAUAAUUUAUACAUUUUUUUACAUAUUAAGAUUUAUAGAUGAAUUGUAGUAGAUGCAUUUUACGAUUUGUUUUCUAAUUUCAUAUGUUUAAUGUUUCAGUUUAAUUGAUUAUAAUUAAUACCUUGUUGUUACCAUUCUCUAAUGGAAAUAUAUAGAGAAAAAUAAUGAAAUAAAAGAGAAUUACAUAUUAGGAUACAUUGUUGCUGGUGUAACGAUGUUUCCGUUAAUUUUUGAAAUUCCGAGGUCGGCAUUUUCCACGUCUUACAAACAGACCACACCAUUUUGUAAUUACUUUUAAUGAAUCAAGUAUAAGAUAUUUAUAGUAAAUAAAGGUUACUUUUAA